AUUUAAUCAGUUGGAUGGCACGCUAUGCUAAAAAACCAAUAAACAAAUAUCCUCAACCAGCAGAUGCCAAUAGAAGAGUGUAAACAGAAGCAGCUGAUAUAGAUGAUAUAGAUCUCUAAUAAGCAAUAUUAAAAUUCAAAAAUCUAUAAGAGAAACAAAAAACUCCAUUAAAAAAUUAAAGAACUAAAAGUAAAUCUCCAGCCCCACAAUAAAGCAAUUAACCUAUUGAUUAUUCAUAAUUUACCUUCACUAGCUUAAAAGUAAUUGGGCAAGGAUCCUUUGGAAUAGUAUACAAAGCAAAAGUGAAUGAGACAGGGGAAAUAGUUGCAGUGAAAAAAGUGAUCUAAGAUAAGAGAUAUAAAAAUAGAGAAAUAUAAAUCCUUCAAGAAUUGGAUCAUCCAAAUAUUGUUGAAACAAAACAUGCUUAUUUUACAUAUGGAGAUUCUCCUGAUGAAUAAUAUCUAAAUGUUAUUAUGGACUAUUAGCCUGAAACUCUCCAUUCAUUCAAUGCUUAAUUUUUGAAGUAGCAAUAAUUAUUACCAGAAAUAUAAGCUAAGCUAUACUCAUAUUAGUUAUUACGUGGCAUAGCCUAUGUUCAUACAAGAGGUAUUUGCCAUAGAGACAUCAAACCACAUAAUGUUUUGGUAAAUCCAGAUACAAAUGUACUUAAAAUCUGUGAUUUUGGAAGUGCUAAAAAGUUAUCGCCAUUAGAACCUAAUAUUGCUUACAUUUGUUCAAGAUGUUACAGAGCUCCUGAACUAUUAUUUGGAGCUACUAAUUAUACUACUCAAGUUGAUUUGUGGUCUGUUGGUUGUAUCAUUGGUGAAAUGUUUAAUGGAUUACCUUUAUUUCUAGGAGCAUCAGCAGUAGAUUAAUUAGUUGAAAUUAUCAAAAUACUAGGAUCUCCUAGUAAGGAAGAAGUUCUAUCUAUGAAUGAAUUAUAUGAUAUCAAACAAUAUAAAAUUGUUUAAAUUAGAAAAAAAGAUUGGAGAAAAGUAUUUUAAACUGUAGUCGAUCCUGCUGCUAUAGAUUUAAUUAGUAAAAUACUUACUUAUUGUCCUAAAACAAGAUUGACUGCAAUACAAGCAUUAACACAUUCAUAUUUUGAUGAUCUUAGAGAUGAAUCUACUUUCAGGAUGUACCAAUCUAAAAUUUAAAUUCCUGAUUUAUUUGAUUUCACAAAAGAAGAACUUUCAAAUAAUCAAUCAUUAGCUAAUAAAUUAAUUCCAAAAUGGUACUAAAAAAGAAAUAAAUGUUGA